AUGCAGCCACAGAGAAAGAAACAGGUGAGAAGAGGAUGGCAAUCCAACCAGAAACCCGACCCGAUCAGAUCACAUUCAGUGUCACCUUCUGUUCCCCCGCCUCUUCGCUUCGCUCAGCUUGUGGACGAGCCCCGUCGCUCGGACGAGGUCAAGCGAGUCCAUUUGUCAGACGCCACCGAGAGGAAGAAGGCCCCCGAGAAGCCAGCUGCCGACCAGCUGUCGCGAACAAGGGAGUCGGUGCCGUUUGACCAUCUCUUUUACCUCCUUUGGCGCCGCAACGAGGCUCAAGGGUUCAGCAGCUGCCCUCACAUCUAUGUACCCGACACCAUCGUAUACCACUGGGUGAGUAUAUAUGAUGCGUCACGACCCGACCACCCGCUUCUGAACAAAGGAAAGGUGCUUGUCCGGCAUCUCUCUCUCUCUCUCUUUCUUUCUUUGUGCCAGGCUCAGCCACACGCAAUGUACUCAUGUGUGUCAGAGGGCCAGAUGCAGCGCACCAAGCGCGAGAAGAUCAGCAACUGGAUCAUCUACCAGGCCCUCUGCAAGCGGCCGGCCCCCUGCGGCGUCGUCGCCAUGUACACCGAAGUCAAAGUCCGCGACCGCAGCAGCACCGAGGAGGAGCCGCAGACCAGAGGCGUCACCGAGUACUUCGACAAGGCCCAGCUGGCCUACUUCCUCAACUAUCGGCCCAAGAGCCAUCUGGGCCUCCUGCAGAAGUUCGUGGAGAACAAGGAGGAGAGGUGCCGGACCUACAAGGUCACCUGGUCCCCCAAUUGUGUGUGGAUGGAGGUCUGCACGAACGUCUUCCGUCUCAACGACCAUACCAUUCCCCUGAUGGACCGGCUGGUCACUGUGGAAGGCGCGCAGCACCUGGUGGAGACGACCAACGUCCGGUCGCCGUCGAUUGUCCGCCGGCUGGGAACGGCGUGCGACGCCAUGGUGGAGCACUUUGCUGCCGUGACCAACUUUACCCAGCGGCUGCUGAGGAUGGUCAUUUACUUCCGCAUCGACCCCUCCGAGCGGCUCUGGCUCCUUUUCGCCUCUUCCCUCCACUUCGGUGCGUCCUUCGCCACCCUGUUCCCUCUCACCUGCAGCACCCCCCGGCCCUCACGUGUGCCCCUCUAUCUGCGCGAGCUGGCAUCGAUGGUGGAAUACCUCGCCGGGGUGCGGGAGAAAGAAGAAAAAGAGGAGAAAGCCGCACGAGCUGAGACAGAGAGAACGGGGGCGGAGCCAGGCGGACCAGCACCCAAGUUCGCUCUCGACAUUGACGUGCUGUAUGCCGCCGAGCACACAGCCGAGGGCCGUCGCGAGCCGGUGCCGACGUUCAUGCGUGAGCGGCGGCAGUCGGUCGUGUCUCAGGUGUCCCGGGCUAGCGACUUCUCUGCGGCGAGGUCGGCCGACUCGCAGAGACGGCGCGAAAGGCUGCUGGAGAAGCUUGUCGUGAAGAAGUUCCCUCCAGCCAUGACGCUCGAGUUGGCGGAGGAGGCGCUCGCUCAGGGGUCCACAUUCAUGCUCGGUCAAUACACACAUCAACACCACUUUGCCCGUGUCUCAUGGAUGGAUGGAUGGAUGGAUGCAGGUGUGCCUCAGAGUCGAAUGUUGCCGAUGUCGACAUCGUCCUCGGUGCCCUCCCUCCGGCCCACCCACAUACUGCCGGCAGAGGUGGCCAACAAGGCCAGGACGGGUGCGAGGCGCGGCACAUCCACCGCGGCGUACAUAGAGUCCCAGGGCAGACAGCGGUGCCCCUCCUGUCUCCUGGAAGUCCCAAGACGGUGCUUCUGCCCUGUCGAGUUGCACGCAAUCAUCGACUACUACGGGUAGGACCAAAGACCCAGAGACACGCUUACAGAGAGGGAUAUUCCGGCUCGUAUGUCGGCGGUCAGGUUGGAUUUCUCGUUCGUUCCCACGGACGCCCUGCGCCCCCCCUCCCCCCCGUCAAGGAGCUCCCAUCAGGCGCCAGCCUCCCUGCCCUUCAUGAACCCCUUCCAGCUCCUCACCAACAGCAAAUCGGAGGGCUUCAUCCGACCCCUCACCGCACAGUCCUCCAGGGCCGCCAGCAGGAGGACCUCCCGCACCACAUACACCACGGACAAGGCGGGUGGCCGGUUUGUGAGUCGGCCUGCGACUGCUGAUGCCAUUGGGAAGGGGGCUGUGGGCGGGGCCAGGCUGGCCAUGGCCACUCCUUCUGUGCCGGUGCGGAUCGAACCUGUUGUUUGCCGGACGCCGCAGGAGACCAUUGAGAGGGUCGGUCAAUGAAAUGGAUGGAUGGGCGGAGGAGAGUCUGGUUGCACCAACCAGAUCAGCAUUUGUCGUGUGUGGUGUAUGGCUUUUGUGUGGAUGGUCGGUGGUCGCGUAGCUGUGCGACGCUAUAGGUCUCGACAAGCUGUCCAUUCCUUCACUCGAGAAGACGGGACACACACUGGGUGAGAGGGAGGGAGGGAGGGAGCACCGGGCCAGAAAUGGAGGAGAAGAUGGAUUGCCCCGAUUUACAUAUCUCUUUCUGCAGGCCGCAUCGGCACUGCCCGUCUGGUGGAGGGCAUGCAGGCUCUGCGGAACGCCGCCAAAGACUCAUUCCACAAAGCCAAGAUGCAGGUAGGUCAGUCCGUCACCUGAACCCAGCCCCGCACACCCACACCACAGAGGCCAUUUCUCAAUGACAUCCUGACUGUCAGGGGGAGAGCAUGUCUUACCUGCACGGUUUGAAGAACCUGUUGGCGGACAAGGAGGUGUCGUAUCUGAUCCCGCAGGUGGUGCAGUCGGCAUUCCCCACCAUGUCCAUCGACCAGUUCGUCGUCUGCUGCCAGGACCCUGCCUUCAGAUAUAGCAGCGUCAAGGCAAGCAAGCCUACCACCAGCCAUCGUUGCUCAUCAACUGUGGAUUCGUCAAUCGUCAGAUCUGCGAGGACUGCUUCCUUCGGUUCACUCGUCGGCUGCACGUGCCGCAGAUGACGUGGAAGGUCGAACGAGACCCUUCACCAGCACUCGACAAAGACAAAGACAAAGAGGGGUGAGUCGCCAGACACCGCAGGCUGACACACACACACACACACAGAGAGAGAGAGAGAGAGACGGGGAGAGAGAUCCCUUUAUCUCUGUGUCUUUGGUGCAGGGGUGGUGUGCGGAGUCGGUACGCCUCCCUGCCCGUGUACCGCGGCUACGACUGGUGGCUCAAGGCCUACGCCGAGUACAACGCAUUCAAAUACCGCCCCAACGCAAACGAGCUCAUCACCGCACUCCCUGACGACCAGUGAGUGACCAACACCACCUGCACGCACCACAAAAAAAACUCUUCUGAACUCUUUAUCUGUGCAGCAUUGUGGAGCAAGAGGAACACGAGAGAGAGCUUCGGCUGCUGACAACCCUCCAGGCCAUCGAGCACACCAUCGACCAGGCCGAGCAGCGACAGCCAUCCCCAGAGACGCUUCCCGACACAGCACCGCUGCCCCUCGCAAGGCGGCUGCCUUCUCACGACUCAUCCCUCGCCCCCUCACCUGUUGGGCGAGAAGGUCGGCCGUCGCACGAGGACGUCUUCUCGCCCGACACCAAAAAGAAGCACAUCCAUUUCGGCCGGGUGGAGACGUCUUCCCCCAAGCAGCGGCGGCCCAGCGGUGUCAAGCGGCUGAGCUUUGAGAGAUUUCGCCGCACAGACAGCAAGGCGUGGAUGAUGGCUUUGCCGCCACGGACCAUCCGGUUCCAGCCGGAGGACUGUGUCUCCUCCGCUCUCAGGUGAGGCAAGCCAACCAGACUCAGCACGAUCUUUCGCCUGUUCCAUCGUGUGUGUGGGCGCGUGUGUGUGUGUGCAGGACCUAUAUGAUAGAGAAAGGCGGUCGCAAGGGCUCCAUGACGUUCGAUGAGGAGGUGACGGUGCCGUCGGCUCUGCAGUGUCGGGUGAGGGCCUCGCCGGGUCAGGUGGGGGGCGGUGUUGUGUACAGAGACGCGACCGUCACGCAGGAGGAGGAGUGCAGAAGGGAAUCAAUACGUAAGGAAACCUCCCCUCACCCUUUGCCCCAUUCUAUGGAUGGCAACCAACAUCUCCCACCUUUCGCUCGCUUUCCUGCAGGCCGCCAUUCCUCCCAGCCGCUACUGCAUGGUGGUGGUGCCCCAGCCCCCCGCAAACAGCCCCAUCAUCGCGACGUUAAGAAAGGCGAGACAGCUCAACCGCUGACGCUAGCGAAGCGUCGCCAGCUGACCCAGUCGGUGUUGGGUGCGGACCAGCGGAGAUGUGUGCCCGUCAGACCGACGACGUCUAGGCGGUGGUUGACAUGGAGAUUGCGAGUGUGAUUUCCCAUUUCAUGUGACGAGAUCAGCGAGAUCACUUAUAGGGUUUAUGGUUCAGUGGUAGUGGAUCGGUCAUGUGGCUGAGGGUUGCGGAGGUCAUUGGAAUGUUUUUUUUGCAGUCACCGGGGUCUCAUCUCAUUGGCACGUCUGUGUGUCGUGUCGACGUGACUGACUGUCCCCUUCCACACGUGCACACAUGUAGCCAGACAGACAGACAGACAGCUAUGCUGACAAAGAGACAGGGAGGCAGGCACACAGACGGAGGGAGGGAGGGAGGAAGAGACAUCGCCUACCUCUACUAGUUAGCUGUACAGACGAGACGUGCCACGCGACAAUUGCUGAACACCAUGAUCU